AUGCCACACUCAACCAAGCAGCCAGGCAUCCAGAUUGUGCCUUUGGCACAUGGCAAGGACAAGGGCGGCGUAGACUUUGGCGCCGAAGUCUUUGGCGUUGACCUAAACAACUUUACAGAUCACGAGUUCAAGACUAUCGAGAAGGCGCUACACAUGCACAAAGUCCUGAUCUUCAAGGAACAACCUGAAAUGCUUCGCCCGUCCCAGCAAUACAAGCUCACCAAAGCCUUUGACCCCGAAUCUUCCGGACAGUUUGCUCAUGCAGGGACUGAGAGCGUUCUAGUCCGCCACAAGGGAGUCGACAUCUUGGGCAUCCCAGGCCGGAUUUCCAUUCCGUCUCAACCCCAGGUGCACAUCUUGGGCCGCGGGCAGGUGCCACCCGAUCACUACGGGCUUCCAGAUGACUUUCAAGUCAAAGGCGUCUACAGCAAGAACUUCCACGCUGAGCCCCACAUCUCUGACGAGGACGCCAAGGCGGGCGUCUCCCACUUUUACCAGUGGCACUUCGACGCCGCACUCUACGAUAUCCCUCCACCGCGCGUAGGGUGUCUUCUUGCGGUUCGUACGCCCAAGGGGCCAGACUGCACCAUCAGAUGGGAGGAUGACGAGGGCACCAGCAUGAAAGUCGGGCCUGGCGCCACUGCCUACGUCGCUGGCUCUCGCGCUCUCGAACUCGUCCCCGAAGACUUGAAGUCCAUCGUCGAGCACUCCAGGAUCCUCUACGCUCCCAAGCCCUUCAAGUGGAUGUCCAAAGCACACUCCACCCAUCUAGGUCACUCUCUAGUUACUGAAGGGCUUGAAAUCCCGAUCGAGGAGCUGGACUUCGACGAGGACAAGCUGAAACGGUACCCUAUGAUCUGGAAUAACCCCAUGACCGGCGAGAAAUCACUGCAAAUUCACGGUCAGGCGGCAUGGAAGCUCUAUCUCAAGUCCUCCGCCGACAGCGAGGAAAAGGUUGUGGACGACCUCGCUGAGGUGAGGGCCUUCAUGGACAGGUUGAUGCGUCCUGCGAUUCAGCCAGAGAACAUCUACGCCCACCAUCACACAGAGCAGGACGUGGUGCUUUGGUACAACCGUGCUCUGUGGCACUCUGUCACUGAAUUCCCAGACAGCUAUGGGCCGAGGAUUAUGCAUCAGUGCAACGUCGCUGCAAGUGACGACCCGAAAUAG